GUUUCGAACCGCGCCUGAAAGCGCUCACAUCAAGCUUCGUGCGGUGCAAGAGGAGAACGCUUCAACACACUCAACGCUAAAGAUUCACAACCAAUCUGAAAAAUGGCUGGAAUGAGCAGAGUAUCCAUCCUCAAGAUCAUCGAACUGGUCCUGGCCUGCGUCCUUAUUGGAUUGCACUACCACAGCUUUGAGGCUGCCGACCUCCAUGCCCACUUGAUCAUUUCAGCUACCUUUGGUGGAUUCGUCAUUAUCCUGGCUGGUAUCUUUGCAGGCAUCAUUGCUGGACAGCCGAUGCCCAAGCGUGUGGAUAUGUUCUACAGCCUGUGCGCCGUGGCCCUGUUCGCAACCAGCGGUAUCAUGACCAUCCAGUACUACAACAACCAGUGGAUCACCAUUGAUAAGGACAAGAAGAACAUUGGAAUCGCUAAGGGCUCCAUUUCGAUCAUCAAUGCAGUUAUUUUCCUGCUCGACCUUGUCUUCACUUUCCGCGAUUAGAAAUUUAAAGAAAAAAAAAUGAGCGAAAACUAUCACGUGUUCAGAAAUAUUUUUGCAUUUUAACUUUUCACGUGUUGCACAAACAAUACUUAUUGGUACAAACACUACAAACUGUUGAGAAGUGGAAAAUUUUAUGGAUGAUAUUUAAAGGAAUGGAAAUCUUUAAUUCUUGUGUCUAGUAGUUUAGGCGUUUUAAAACUUCUGCAAUGAUCUUUGGAUGAAAUUAUAUUAUAUCAAAAUAGAGAGCUAUGUUGAAAAGAUAAACUACAUUGACUGAGAUUACAUCACAGAGCUCUGACAAAAAUGCAUGUCUAACGUAAGUCUGCUAAGCUGAAAGCUAAUAUUACUUCAGUAAGAAAUCUGAUUUUUAUAUUACGUGUUUCUGAAAAAAAUAAAGUUUACACACCUUUAAAUCUUUAA